ACUAGUACAGCCUCACCCAUCUUGCCGUGGCGUCAUGACGGCGAGUCCUUGAGAAGCUGUUUGAUUGGCAGCUGUCCCGAGUCCAUGAAAAAAGGCAGGCCCAAACCAGGGAGCUAAUUCAACCCAGCUUCUCUCCACAGGCUACCUCUGUAAUCCUCACCCUUCUCUGUGAGCUGUGCCGUUUCACAGAUGAAGAAACUGAAGCACAGGGACGUUAUGGGACUCGCUUGAGGUCGCAAAACCAAGGAGCCACAGAGCUGAGCUUUGAGCCCAGGAAUUGUGACUCCGAAGCCUUUACCACUUGGCUCUGCAGCCUUGAACUUGGCCACAGAGUCCUUAGCAGAGCACCCGCCACUGGGGAGCCUUGACCCGCUCUCACGUCACGUCCCUGUGCCCGCGUUGGGGACAGCGGCCCCCUGUCACGAUGCCCUCACCUCGAAGGGUGCUCUGCGUGUGAGGAGCGGCCUGCCCCACCGUCACACAGCACACGUGCGCCUCCAGAGUUCUAUGCUGCGCAGACCGGCGCCGUAAAGCCACGGGGUGUGCGGAGGAACACGAAACGCUUUGUCGGGGUGCACACGGAGCAGAUGUGAUGACAGCUGCCCCAUAGAUUGUGGUUGAGAUGGAACGAGUCCGUGCCUCUCAUGAAAACCGGAAGCUGGUGGUGUGUGAACAUCUCUGGCUGACAGAAACGGCGCUUUUACGUAGCGACUUGCGAUCAGACGUUCCUCGCGGUGCUGGGUAGAGGGGCCGUGCUCUAGCUACAGCUGUCACCGUCACCACCCCCACUGGCACUGCUCCUGCUGCUCUGUUGCCAUGGCAUUGUUACCCUUGAAGCUGGUAGCUCUUGAGGCUGCCGCUGCCUGUUACCUGGGCCUCUGAGCAGGCGGCCCGAGUCGAUCAAGUCCUUCCAGGGGGACAGCUGCUGGCUGAGUCUACAACAAGUGAUCAGGCCCUGACUGCGCUACUGUGGCACUCAUGUGUCUGCCUGGCGUGACAGGUGGCGCUAGUUUGCCAGAAGCCCUUGGGGACCCGAGUGGAGAAGACCUUCCACCUCGGCCUCUGCCAUGGCUGCCAGAACCAUCAUCAUAGACCACGGGUCUGGCUUUGUGAAGGCUGGCCGCUCGGGCUGGAACUACCCCCAGCUGAUCCUGCCGAGCAUCGUGAACUACAUUCCCUGUCAGGAGAACCCCGGCCCCAGCCACGCCCAGAGGCAGGUGAGCCUGGGCAUCGACCCCUUCAACCCCGACACCUUCAGCCACCCCAUUGAGCGUGGCCGCGUCGUCAACUGGGAAGGCGUGGAGCACAUCUGGUCCUUCGUGCUGGAGCACCACAGGCUGGGGCACAUGGACUGUCCCGUGAUGCUCACGGACUUCCCGCUGAGGGACCCUGUGACCCGCAAGAAGACCCUGGAGAUCAUGUUUGAGCUCCAGGACGUCCCGUCUCUGUUCCUGGCUGACCAGCUGGAGAUGUCCCUGUAUGCCUCGGGGCUCCUUACUGGCGUGGUGGUCGACUCCGGCUAUGGCCUGACCCAAGUGCAGCCCUUUCUGCUGGGCCGGCCCUUGCUCAACUGCAAGAGGACUCUGGAGUUUGGCAGUGAGGACCUCUCCACUUACCUCUUCAAGAGCCUCUUUAAGGAAAAAUGUGACAAGCACGACCUUUUCCAGAUGAACUCUGUGGCCGAGAUACAGAUGAAGAGGUGCUACGUGCCGAGCAGUCUGCAGGAGGCCCUGGACUUCAACCAGGGCCUGCCCAGUGGCUCCAGUGAGGGCAGCGUCUACCAGCUCCCAGACGGCAGCCCCGUGGAGCUGAUGCCCCUGGAGCUCAUGGCGCCUGAGAUGUUCUUCCACCCGCAGGUGUUCGGCCUGCAGGGCCCCAGCAUCUCCCAGUGCCUGGUGGAUUCCAUCAAGUCCUGUGAGGUCCCCAGGCAGCAGAUGCUCACGUCCCACGUGGUGCCCUGCGGUGGGAACAGCCUGUACCCCGGCUUCACCGAGCGCCUGUCCCAGGAGCUGAACUCGGGUCACUUCCCCUGCGAGGCCAGCGUGUGGCUGGGCGAGAGAAGGCACUUCAGCGUGUGGCUGGGUGCCUCGGUGCUGGCCCACCUUUCCAGCUACAGGUCCCAGUGGAUGCCCAGGCAGGAGUAUCUGGAGAGCAUGAGGGUGUGACCCACUGGCUGGCUCUUGUCACAUGGGCUCAGGGGACCGAUUUCGGCUUUGGAGUGGGGGCAGGGUGCCAGUUGUGGGGUGGGGAGGUCCAGAGGGAUUGUUUUAGGUUCUGAGGUCACAUCUCGUGCCAAGAGUGGGAUCCGGGGAGGACCAGUGUCAUCCAGGGGCGUCACUAGGGUGAUGGUGGCUGCCUGUCACCUCCCUGCCUGACAGCCGUGUAGCUUUCACAGUCGCCUUCCUUGGGCUGUCCCAUCCUUGGUCAUUUGGGUUUUAACUGGGGAAGAGACUGGGACCCUUUGCAAGGGUCCUGAUUAUUUUUGACUGGGGGUUGGGAGGGAGGGUGGGGACAGUUGAAGUUUCUAGUCCUUAGACCCUCUGUGGCCAGGGAGAGCCUUUCGGCUGCAGGGGAACCGCAGUGCCUUCCCACCCACAUGGGCCUUGUUUUACGUGUGCAAAUAAACUUCUCUUUUGGAAGCAGUGUUGUCUCCUGUGGUGGUCACAGCAGGGUGGCAGCCCCUCGGGAGGUGCAGGGGUGGGUGUGUGUCUGG